UCUACACACAUUGCUGCUUCGCCGCGAUACUUUCAAAUUGCAGUGUCCUGGAUGCUUCCUGUUAGGAUGACCCCUUAUCACUGAAGCAACCGAGCCAAAAUCUGAGCGGAGAUCGCAUAACGCGUUUCUUUCGCAGUGAUGUCCCGAGAGUUUUCAAUCUGAGACCCCAGAAUUGGGGCGGGUGCAACCACCAGGAAGCAAGGAUGCUCAGUCUGAGGUUGAGCUGGCGACGCGGCGGGUGGGGGCGGGCCCCGCGCUCCUCCGGCUGUUGUGCUUGCGCACCCGGCCGCCGCGGCACCCCUUCCCCCAGCCGUGGGUGCGGCCUCGACAAGCGCAGUGGGCGGGCCAUGGGAGAAGACGAGCCAAAUAUGAGCGCCGCUCGUUCGGCGUGAUGAUCGGAAAGUUGGACUGAGAAGGAUCUCCCGAUGCCCUGGCCUCGCUGCGCGCCGCACCUCGGUUUGGGGGGUCUGGGGGUCGCUAAGGCUGGGUAGUGCUGCCGGCAGCCAGAGGCAGGGUGCGGGCACCUGCGCCCGCGGACUGGUGAAUGCACCGGUGCAGGCGCUGGCGGCUAUUGCUGUGCCGGGGGCGCCGCGGCGGCUCGCGUGCAGGCGGGCGGGUGGGUGUGGCGGCGUGUGUGGCACGGCGCCGGCUCGGCAGCUGCACGGCAAUGCACAGGCAUGCCUGCGCGUGACGAAACAUCAGCGGGCCUCCGAGCCCCCGCACGCCGCUGUUCGCGCAGCGGUGCGCGCGGGGCGGUGACGAGAACAACCAAAGUGACCCUGACGCGGGCACACCUGUGGCCGUGCGGCGCCGGGUCGGCGCCUGCUGCCGCCGUUGCGCCCACCACACACACGCCCGUGGCGCCACGACCGCUGCGCCCCCCGGGUGCACGUGGCCUGCCUGCCUGUGCUCGGCUGCACUAGCUGUCCGCGUGGUGCGGUGCACCCCAACUUCAUUUCUAUCCUCCUGCAUUCGCGCAUACGCACCCACACCACCACCACUAUCACCAUCAUGGCUGCUAUGCUUGGCAAGGACGCGCUUGCGCUGUGAGGUGGUGUGUGGUUGCUGGGUGCCGCCGUGUGAUGAUUAGCCCCAGCUGCCCGGCAGCCGGCUGCUGCCCGUGUGUCAGACCCUGGGGCGGCGCGCCGACAUGCGCGCAGCCGCCCCGGGCAGCUGCAGCUGCAGCGGCGCUGGCCGCUGCCGGACGGGGCAUGGGGCCCGCAGUGACCUGUGGCACGUAUGAGCACGGCGGCACCCUGCAUGGACGGCAUGUCACACACGGGGGCACCGCACAGGCACACAUUGCACACACCGCAUAUGCAUGCGCACUUCAGCCAGCUGCCACAGGAAGCGUGUCAUCGCAGCCACCCCCUCCGCCCCCGCACUGCUCGGCCGCAUCCGCAAGCUACGAAGGCCGUGGACAGCUGCCUACUAAGUUGUUCGGGGAAAUGCAGUGGUGGGGGUAUUUCGGCGCUUGCGUGUCUCCCGCUCUCGACUGAAAGAUGCGGUGCUUGCGUUUGUGGGACGUUUGGAGUUGCUAGGGGUUCGCCUGGAGGUAGGGACUCACCGGGG